AUGCAACAACAGAUGCAGACCCGGGAAGAACAGGUGGAGUGGACUAGCUUCAAGACGCGAUUCCUGGAGAAAUACUUUUCUAACACGGCCAGGCAAGACAUGGAAGCAGAGUUUCUCGCAUUGCAGCAGGGAGAGAUGACAGUACAAGAGUACGUAAAUAAGUUUGAGCACCUGGCAAGAUACUACUCAUAUAAUAUUACAGAAGAGUGGAGGUGCUUGAAGUUUGAGCGAGGACUCAAACAUGAACUAAAGAAGGUGGUGACACCUUUGAGGGAGAGAAGAUUCCCAGUCUUUGUGGAACAGGCCAAGAGUGCCGAACAUCUAGAGAAAGGCCCUAGUCCAGUUGUCCGACAUCAGAGGAAUGUCGCAGAGGUGAGACAAAUGAAGAAGCCUUACAACCGACCACAUGCAUCUCAGGGUACCACUUGCUACCAGUGUGGCGGACCCCAUCUGAAGAGAAAUUGUCCUCAGUUAACAGGUGGGGUAGGAGGGUUAGGAGACCGUCACAAGUGUUUCAUAUGCGACAAACUAGGACAUUUUGCCAAUAAUUGUCCAAAAAAGAAGAAUUUGGGUGUGAAAAAGCCAGCAACAUCGCCAGCAGAACGAGCUAGAGCGACUGUGAGGGUCUUUGCCAUGACAUCUACUGAGGCUACUCAGUCAAGUAACCUUAUACUUGAGCCUUGCUUAUUGUUGGGUAGUUCAGUGUUAGUGUUGUUCAAUUCUAGAGAAAAACAGUCAUUCAUUUCUAUUGCAUGUGUGGGGAGAUUGAGCUUGGAGAAACGUGACUUGGGGUGUGAGUUGCUUGUUUCUACUCCCUCCUCGGGUCAGGUGGCUACCAGUUCAGUCUGCGUCGGGUGUUCAAUUGAAGUGGCAGGUCACAGAUUCAAGGUGAACUUGGUGUGCUUGCCUUUGGAGGGACUGGACGUGAUACUGGGAUGGACUGACUGUCUAACAACCACAUCAUGA